GAUCAAAUAUGUAGGUCGCACCCACUUGUUAAGUUCAUUUGUUGACUAUUUGUUGUUUAUUCUUGCAAAGACUGUUCCCCAAAAACAUGAGUUAUUUAUAUUUAACCACACAUUUCAACGAACGAAUUUGAAAUGUUGAAUCGGUUUUUGAACUUGCACCACCGGUCUGUUAAUUUAAACCUUGCUGUCGUGUUAGCCGUAUAUCUAGUUCCACGUGUCUCAUCUUCGUAUCCUGAUAUUCUAAAUGUUAGUGCGGAGCAAAUUUUUAAGUUACUGAAUGAAACGAGAAUUUUAGGUGAUGUUAUACAGACGGCUCCGAAACACACUUGCAAGGUAUUAUAUUUUGAGGACACUGCCGCAGAACUGGGAAACGUUCUUUUAGCAAAAGAAGUCAGUUAUGCUCCUCGUUGGUGUCAGUGGACCGGCGAUAACAGUAGCUACUACACAUUCUUAGUGACGGGCCCUGAUGAGCCAAGUAGAGAACAUCCCACGGAGAGGGAACACAUUCACUGGCUUGUUGGAAAUAUAAAUGGCGACAAUAUACUUCGUUCAAAAGAAUACGUUUAUGAUUACAUAGGACCUUACCCGAAGAAAGGGAUAGGAAAUCGCAGACUGGUGUAUUUAGUUUACAAGCAAUCAAAUGGAGAGUUAACAUUUGAUGAAAGAAGAUUAAAUGACAGCACGAGCACGGAAGGAAACCCACAUCGAAGAAACUUCUCAUGUCGAAAGUUCGCAAAAAAAUACGAUCUUGGCGACCCUGUGGCUGUGAAUUUUGUAUACGUAGAGUGAGGAGCACGUCACGUCGGGUGACGUCGGGUGACGUCGGGUGUUUUUCUUUCAUAGUCGUGGGGAGGAAAAGUUUCACUGCCAACGCACCUCAUGCCACCUUAUGGAUCCAGAAGAGAGCUUAUGGGGUGUUCAAGCAAGAAAGAUCCAGAAAUCGACCCCGCAAGAGCCUGUUUGGGCCUUAACGACAAUAGAUAGACGGUGAUAAUGUUGCAAAUCGAUAAAGGUAAAUAAAUAUGCCUCGCACCAGAGUGA